GAUACAAAUUAGUAUUCGUAUUCCCGAGGUGUGAAUGGCAUUUUUAUUUUUAUUUGACGUUGUUUUCAACCGGAGGUGCUGAAAUGCAGCCAGCACCGAUUGAGAGCAAGGCUCCCCCCUCCCCCGCUGCCCACAGACACCAUCGCACAGAGAGAGGGAGGGGGAAGGAGAGAGAGGAGAGAUAGAGAGAGGGAGAAAGCGAUAGGCAGCACCCGUGAGAGGGAAACAAGAGUCAGCCGCGCGGAGGAGAGAGAAGAGAGAGAAAAAGCAGUAACCAAACAGACAAAGGAAAACAUGGAUGUAACGGAAAGACGUCCUUUUAAACAAGCACAUGUACAGGAGAGGACGCUUUGGUCGUUCUGCACAUAGUAGGGGGUAACGCACGGACUCUUCCCCAGUUUUUAAUGUGGCGGGUGGGGACGCACGGCAAGCUAAAAAGGCGGAAAGCUUUCUCUAAUCCGUCUGCGGAUCCUGCCUGCUUGCGAUGGCUGUGGCGGCGCGAUGCUGUUGCAGCAUAACGCAGAAUGGGCCUUUUACUUUGUAUUUGGUCAUUUUUCUACUCAGUGGCCUUACAAAUGCACAAAUACGAUACACCAUUCCGGAGGAGCUGGAGAAUGGGGCUGUGGUCGGAGACAUUGUUCGCGAUUUGGGUCUGGACCUGCGAAAGCUCUCCUCCCGACGCGUCAGAAUCACCUCGGACAGCGCACGGAGAUAUUUCAACAUAAAUCAUAAAAACGGCAAGCUGUCGGUGAGCGACCGCAUCGACCGGGAGACGCUGUGUGAAUUCAGCGGCACAUGUUCCCUCAACCUAGAGGUGGUGGUUGAGAGCCCGCUCGAGGUGCACAACGUGGAGGUGGAGAUUCUGGAUGCGAAUGACAACUCGCCACAGUUCCCCCGGGACGAGUACCAGCUGGAGAUCUCGGAGUCCGCUAUAACGGGGUCCCGGUUCCCCAUCGAAGGCGCGCAGGAUGCAGACGAUGGCUCAAAUUCGGUUCGGCUCUAUCGGCUCAGCAACAACGAGCACCUCGCGCUGGACUCCAACAAGCCCGUGGCAAACAGCAAGCAAAUCGAGCUCGUGCUCAAAAAGCCAUUUGACCGCGAGCAUACACCGUCUCAUCAGUUCAUACUGACUGCUGUCGACGGAGGCACCCCUGCGCGCACGGGCACAGCCAAAAUCAACGUUCAUGUCCUAGAUUCCAACGACAAUGUGCCCGCGUUCGACAACUCCGUGUACAAAGUGAAACUGUUAGAGAACUCGCCCAAGGGCGCUCUGGUGAUAAAGUUAAACGCCACAGACCCAGAUGAAGGCACAAACGGGGAGGUGUUUUACUCUUUCAGCAGUUACACCCCAGAGAGGGUGAGACAAAUGUUCUCCAUGGAUACAGAUACAGGAGAGAUCCGAGUGAAGAACAACAUAGACUAUGAGGAGACUAACUCCUAUGAGAUGUACAUACAAGCUAUGGACAGGGGCCCUUCUGCAGUGGCCGUCCACUGUAAAGUGGUUGUAGAGGUUUUGGAUGUGAAUGACAAUAUCCCAGAGAUCGUGCUGUCCUCUCUGUCCAGCCCAGUCCGUGAGGACGCUCGGGCAGACACGGUGGUGGCCUUGAUCAGCGUUAAUGACCGGGACUCUGCACAGAACAAACAGGUGACCCUGGAGAUCCAACCUGGCCUCCCCUUUAAGAUCAAGUCCUUCCGGAACCACUACACCUUGGUCACCUCCGCCUUCCUAGACCGGGAAACCAUCUCCACCUACAAUGUCACGGUAACCGCCAUUGACGGAGGGACCCCGGCCCUCUCCUCACACAUGACCAUUAAAGUUGACGUGGCGGAUGUCAAUGACAACCCUCCUCGCUUCGAACAGACGUCCUACACAGUGUACAUGACGGAGAACAACGCGCCCGGGGCCUCAAUGUGCGUGGUGAAGGCUCUGGAUGCUGACGCCGGGGAGAACGCUCGCAUCACCUACACCGUCCUCAAUGACAACAACCACGGCAUCCCCGUGGCGAGCUACGUCAGCAUCAAACCCGACACGGGCGAGGCCUAUGCCCUGCGAGCCUUCGACUUUGAGAAGCUCAGAGAGUUCCACUUCCAGGUGAAAGCCCAGGAUGGUGGUGUGCCGCCCCUCAGCCGCGUGGCAACCGUCUAUGUUUACAUCAUGGACCAGAACGACCACUCCCCCAGGAUAGUCCAUCCUCCAGCCAAUGGGACGCGGACCACUGAGACGUUGAUGAAGAAUGCGGAGGCGGGGGCUCUGGUGACCAAGGUGGUGGCGUGGGACGGGGACGCUGGUCAGAACGCCUGGCUGGUGUACGCCCUGGAGCAGACCACCUCCGAGCUGGACCUGUUUAAAGUCCACGAGCACACGGGGGAGAUCCGCACCACGCGGCGCGUCAGCGAGGACAACUCCACCUCCUUCCUGCUCACCGUGCUGGUCCGUGACCAUGGACUCCCGCCGCUCUCCUCCACCGCCACCAUCAACGUGCACGUCAUGGAGCUGCCGCCCAAGCUGACCCCCGACCCCAAACGUAUCAUCAGGCCUCACAGCCCACUACUGUUCUCCAAUGUGACCCUCUACCUGAUCGUGGCCCUGAGCGCCACCACCUUUGUGUUCCUGGUCACCAUUGUGGUGCUGGCCAUCGUCCGCUGCCACGCCUACUGCACCCAGCCCGGCUCCUGCUCCCCAUGCUGUGUGUCCCAGAAGAGAGUCCCCGAGGGGGGCACCUCGGCCGGCGGGGGUGGAGGGUCAUUGGGUCGAGGUGGAGGUGGUGGGGGAGGUGGAGGUGGGGGUCAGGGUCAACCCAACAAUAACGUUGCUCUGCGGAGGGACCUGAAGGUUGAACCUCACUACAUCGAGGUGCGGGGGAACGGCUCCAUGACCAAAACGUACUGCUAUAAGACAUGUAUGACGGCCACGUCGGGGAGCGACACCUUCAUGUUCUAUAACACGGGCCGGCCCCACAGUGGCACCUGGGGCUCCGGGGGAUACGUUACCAGCCAGAGUGGACAGAGCCAGAUGUUUGUGCGCAGGCUCAGCAUGCCAGACGCAACCGCGAUACAGCCCAAGGUGCCCAAUUCAGACUGGCGUUACUCUGCUUCACUUAGGGCUGGGAUGCAGAGCUCAGUGCACAUGGAGGAGUCGUCGGUGAUGCAGGGAGCGCAGGGGGUUCUGGUCCAGAACUGGCCGACCGUGUCUAGCGCCGCCGGAGAUGCUGAGGGUGGAGAGGUGUCCCCACCCAUGGGAGCCGGAGUGGACAGUAACAGCUGGCACUUCCGCUAUGGCGCCGGCGGUCCCGGAGGUCCCCCCCAGCAUCUGAAGCCCGGCGAGGUCCCCCCCGAAGCCUUCAUCAUCCCUGGAUCGCCCGCCAUCAUCUCUAUCCGCCAGCAGGGAGGAGAGGACGACAAGAGCGACUUCAUCAGCUUCGGAAAGAAGGAGGAGGCCAAGAAGAAGAAGAAGAAGAAGAAGGAGAAGAAGGAUAAGAAGGAUAAGGGGAAGGAUGACGAUGAGUAGAGGAGGAGGAGGAGGAGGAGGAGGAGGAGGAGGAGAGAAGGAAGGGGAGCUGUUGAAACAGAGGUACCAACCAAAGUCCACCGGGAAACAAAAAUACAAUUAUUUUAGACCACAGGUGAAAAGAGAUUCCCAAUUCUACUUCAUAAUCUCUGGCUCAGUAACACAGACAGGCAGACGAAGUCUGCUGCAGUCUGCUCUAUACCCACCCCUGCAACAAAGAUAAAAGCCCAAAUCUCUCUGGUAAAAAUCGGGCUUUACCAAGAUUAUUGUAGAUUACUGUCGCCUCAAAAACCUCUUACUGGGGUAAUUGAUUAAUCAUCCCUUGAUGAGAAAAAAAAACAGAUGAAUAAAUGUUCCACCAUGCCCCCAGGUGCCUAUACACCUUGAGCCAAACAAUUCCCUCCCUACUCUUCUCAGCGAGGGGACGAGAGCCACGGUCUCCCCUCACCCUCUGCUUUUCACCCUCCCACCCACGGAUACGUUGGCACCUCUGUCUUACCCCUUCCCACCAUGUUGUAGAAUUCUCUCUCUUUGAGAGGAAAAGAAAAUCCAACAGCCAGAAGAAAACAGCUCUGUGCCUCGGAAAGAGAGCAACAAAAAAAAGAAGGAAAUGACGAGAAGAAAGUAAACUGAAGACUACACAACAGAAGACGAGUUAAAUGUUGGUGAUUUAAGAGCUGGACACUCACACUUGUAAAUAGCUCGGGAGAGAGUUGCUGAGGCUAAAGGCUAAAGGCUAAAGGCUAAAAUCUAACACGGCACUGCUGCUGCUGCGGCUUUCUAUCGCGCUCUCUAGCUGUCAGUGUUCCCUGUGACGGCAAGGAAAACAUGUCCGUCAAGGACGAAACACAUACACGCUGACACACACUCGCUGUAACAACCCGGACACUGAGAACACCUGAGAACUGGAGAGAGGUCAAAAAAAUUAAAAAAAAUACAGGAGCAGCCAAGAAAACGACAUUGUGUUUAAUACUGUACAAGCUGUACAGAACGCAAGCUUUUUCCUAAGCAGUACACAUGUGUACAGUAGAUCUACUCUCUCAGGGUUGGCACAGCAGCAUCCCCUGCAGUUACUCCUGAUGGGUUCGCUCACUACUCUCUUUUGGGACGACGAGAUCCUUCUCUCGCCCAUGUGUACAGUAGAUCUACUCUCUCAGGGUUGGCACAGCAGCAUCCCCUGCAGUUACUCCUGAUGGGUUCGCUCACUACUCUCUUUUGGGACGACGAGAUCCUUCUCUCGCCCAAUGCAAACAGAUAGAACGAGGGAUGGAGAGAAAGGAGGAACACUCUUCAGAGUCUCCUGAGAACGAAAGAGAGAAGAGUCCAGUUGAGUUGGCCUGUGAUCCAGCUUGUUGAUCUGAGCUCCGUUGGAACCUUGUAAAAUAGCAGGAGCGUCUCUAGCUAAAGAUGAUCUCUUCUACUCUCCCCCUGCCACUCAGCAAAAGCCUGAGGCUUUCUGCUCUGAAUGUUUGGUAGCAACCAUCACUUACCUGAUAUCCAACCUGAUCCCCCAUCCUCCACAUCCCCACCCCGCCCUUUCCACUCCCUGCCCCUGCCCACACAGAUUCUCAUCCCCACCCUUACACCAACCACAGACUGCUUCUUCACAUGAUGAUGAUGAUGAAUUUGUGAAACUUUUUCACUUUCUAUUUGUUCUUGGAGAAGACCCUCGAUUUCCUACUCUGUUUAGUUAGCUUUAACUGAUCUGCAGCGCUUCUGCUUGUCCCACCCCCCUUGCCUUCGGCCUUUCUCUUUUCUCUGGCCGUGGACUCCCCUUCUAGCCCCAUGUUCUUUCAGGAUGAACUGGGAAGGCUGAACAUUGUGGUGUGCUGGGAACAGCAUGGAGUAAUGUGGAAGAGGCCUGAAGAACCCAGUCGGGACCGGGGGUCCAUUAUUCUGAGUUCUAUAACGCCAGCUGUCUCCAAGUGCAAAACGGUUGAGUGCUUUUAACUUGUGAAUACUACACUGUUCAUUCCUGUUUGUGGUCACUGGCGAGAGGGGACGAGGUGGGAUGGGGACAGGGAUGGGGUGGAUGUCUGGGACAUGGAUCUGAGAGCUAGGCUUAUCCUCCAUGUUCCUGGGUACACAUAUAUCCCGAAAUUGAUUGAUUAUGAUUGGUGAAUCAAAACAGUAGGUCAUCCAUUGGCUUUUAUGUACACGAUAAAUGUAGAGUUAGACUUGCUUUUUAUAUAUGUGGCCUGUGCAUUAAUAAAUGCAGUGUAUACUGCUAAUUAUGACAUUAUUAAUGAAUAAAUAAGGGCAUCUAAGGAUUCCCACCCCACAUCUCUAUCCCAUCAAUCCCCUCUCGGGAGGUUUUGUAAUCAGCCCUGCUUCGAUUGGUUCCCCGUUCCCCUGCCUGUAUGUUGUUGCAACGCUCCACCCCCCUCCCUCCAGGUUUUGCGGCUCAAUAUGACGUCACUCCACUAAAGCGGCUGCUGCAUGUUCGUCUCAAAGGAAACUCAAACAAUAUAGAGAUACAAUAUAUAUAUAUAUAUAUAGAAAUAGAUGGCUUUGAUUUUAUUGUUUCGUAUUAUAAUUUUACUUUAUGACUCCCACAGGAGAUAUGUGUAUGUACCGUCUCUGUCAUGCAUCUUCUACAUAUUACACCCUCCGCACUCCACAAGACAGUGGUGUUGUAUGACGUUAACUAAACCUUUUCGAUAUUUGUAAAUGCUGUUGUGUGAUGCCCUUGAUCUCAACUCUGUUCAUUUUGUUUAAUGGAAAUAAGAUUUUCGUUUUUGAGAACAAGCAACAACAACAACAACAAAAAACGUUUUGUGUCCGGCUUUGACAUGAUGAUCUAACUAACACUGUAAUAUUGUAACUGAAAUAUGUAUGAUCCUGUGAUGAGCUAUCUCUUCCCUUUCAACAGAAAAAAAUGAAAAAAAAUAAACACGAAAAAAGAAGACAAUUCCUAUGUAAAAAUUGUAUAUGUAGUGUAUGCUUGUGUUUAGUGAGCGUUCACGCUGUCAUUCUUUUAUCAGCGUAUGAUGGUGACCAAUGGUGGCGCUGUCCUGGCCUACUGAUCAGUACAGAUCUGUUGUGAAACCUUUUUUGUACACCUGCUCAUCUACUGUGACGGUGAAGUAGUGACAUUUAAUUUCUUUCUGUUUUUUAUUUUAUUUGACCUAAAUGGAUACAGUGGUAAUGUGUUUUGUUUAUAAAUCACUAAAUAAAAAAUUUCUUUCAUAAAA